AGUAGUAGUAGUAGUAAUCUGAGUCACGCGUCACGUGACUUCCGCACCACGUGACCAGCAAUAAAAAUCCAUGGCGGCGCACUGCUCAGUAGGACUCGCCGCAAGAUCAGGUCUGGGUGGUUUCCUGCGGAGAGCUUGUUGUUUACGAAGCUGUGGUCCCCCCACAGCCCUGCUGUGUCAGCAACAUCGGCACUUCUUCUGGAGGAAGUGGAGUCAUUCUCACAAUGUAGUUCGCCCAGCUUCUGUUAGGCCUGCCUAUGCAGUUCCCAAGCACAUUGUGCGGCCUGACUAUGUUGGCACUGGCCAGGUCCCAGAAUGGCCCAACUACAUCGAGAUCAAAGACCAAGAGCAGAUUGAAGGCCUUACCAGAGCAUGUCAGCUAGCCAGACAUGUACUGCUACUAGCUGGACACAGCCUGAGGGUUGGUAUGACAACAGAUGAAAUAGACUUCAUCGUUCACCAGGAGACAAUCAAGCACAACGCCUACCCAUCCCCUCUCAGAUACGGGGGUUUCCCAAAGUCUGUGUGUACAUCUGUGAACAACGUGGUCUGCCAUGGUAUACCUGACAGUCGGCAACUUCAAGACGGAGACAUCAUCAACGUUGAUGUCACUGUGUAUUUGGAUGGUUACCAUGGUGACACCUCAGAAACCUUCUUGAUUGGUGAGGUGGAUGAGGUUGGGCGGCGACUGGUGGAAACUGCCAGGCGCUGCCGAGAUGAGGCCAUCGCUGCCUGCAAGCCGGGUGCACAGCUCUGUGUCAUAGGAAACACGAUUAGUGAAAUCGCCCACGCCAAUUGCUUCCAUGUGUGUCCGUAUUUCAUUGGACAUGGAAUAGGCUCCCACUUUCACUGCCACCCUGAGAUUUGGCACCACGCUAAUGACAAUGACAUGACCAUGGAUGAAGGGAUGUCUUUCACAAUAGAGCCCAUAGUGAUGGAGGGGACUACAGAGUUUAGAAUCCUGAAGGACAAGUGGACCGCAGUGUCUGCAGACGAUAAAAGGUCGGCUCAGUUCGAACACACCGUGGUCAUCACAUCUGACGGAGUGGAUAUUCUCACCAAACUGCCAGAGGAGAGCAAUCAGUGACCUGAAGGAAUCUUAACUGCUGAUCCCGACAUCGACUGUUAGAGAUCUAUUUACCUCAGACAGGAUCUAAACUACCUUUUGUGUUCACAAAACACUGUUACAGAAACUUGAAUGGUGAUUCACCGAGACAUAUUUUAAAUGGGCUUGUUGUCUUCCUGUUAAGUGUAUAAAAAGAAUUAAGUUAAUUGUAAGUAGGGAUUACACACAUACAGUAUCUGUAUAUUCAGUUUGACUAUGGUGUUUUUUCACCCUUGAUUGGAGCAUAUACAGAGAAAAAUGGCGGUUGGUGCAUCUCAUGGCUGAAGUGGAGCUCUGUGCAUAUCAUGAGUGGUUAUAAUGACAGAUAAGAGAUCCUUGUCUUCUCCAAAUUAUAGUGUAUUCUUUUUGAGCCAACAUGUCAUAUAACAGUUAAAUCGGAGCAACAUUAGUAAGGCCUCGGCCAGGACUUGAGAAAUACUGAGGUCAUGAGUCCAAAUUCCCUGGCACAACCCAAUCUACAUAAGACACUAAAGACUUGCCAUCAACCACACUGUAAAAAGUUCUAAUUGUUUCACCUGUUAUGUAUUCAUUUAACCGUUUAAUCAUAUUCUCUGUAUUAUUUAUCUCACAUCAUCCAAGUCAGUGGUUCCCAGCCUCUUUACACAAGGGACCCCUUUUCUAUCAUUGAGUAAACUGUUGACCCCUGCCUAAGUGACAUGUUUUAUGGGUAUUUCAUAAUCACUGCAUAACAAUAACAGUACAGAACAACUGAUUAACAGUGCAAUAGAGCUUUUUCACAGCAGACAUUUUGACAUGUCAUACUAGAAAGAGUACAGGUGUAUUUAAUAACAUUAACAAUAGCUGCAUUCCAAUUAAGGGAGGCCCUGGUAUUGCCCAUGCUGCCUCACUGGAAUAGCUUGUUGGCACACUUCAUGGGACAAUGCCAUUGUUAAUAUUAUUUUCACCUGUGCUUUUCCUGCUAUGACAAGUCUAAAUGUCUGCUGUGAUAAAGGUCCAUUAAACCAAAUAACGAACUCAGUAACUGCAGGUGGUUUGUGUAAAAUGAUCAUUUUGGAGUAUUCCUAUUAUAAUAUUGCAUCAGCGAUGAGUUUUCCUGGUACUUUUAGGAAGUUGUACAAUUCUCUAUCAGAGCAUAGAAGCAAAUAAACUGAGGUAAAUCAAAAUAACAGUAUUAACAUGACAUGUAAGUAAACUUGUCAGAGUCCAACCAUACCACUGAUAAAUGUCCACUCACAAUCCAUAAAACAUGAGUGUCAGAAUAGUAUCCAUAUAAAUAUUUAUUCCGGCUGCGCCAUUGCCACAUCCACCCUCCUGCACUCAUAACAAUCCCAAAAAGAGCUGUACGCACUACUGACAACAUGACUGUAUGUUUAAAACUACACAUAACAUUUUGUAACAAACAUACCAAUAUACGCACAACAUGUAUAUCAUGAGCCUGGUAUCUCCCGUUUAUUAUUAUAUUUUUAUACCUCAUUUAUUAAGCUAUAGGAUUUGUUUUGGGGUUUUUUUGUUUGUUUUUUCAAAAACCCUACUUCCUUUAUAGGCUUCUUUAUCCCCAAAUUCAGAGGUCGUUAAACAGCAAUUGAAGACUGUGAAUAUAUCUUGUCUUCAGGUCUUUGCUGUGCUCUUAUUCUGUGAGAUUUUUCUUAAAGUUUAUAUCUUAAAUAAUAAUCUCAACUGUGAAAAGUUUUAGUUUUCUUCACAGACAUGAAUGAAACACGCACAAAAAAGUGUCGACUCCCUCAUAAUUCAUAUAUAAUUCAAAACCAAAAUUUUUGUAAUACAAGUUGAUUGUAUUGCCUGUCUUUGCAGUGCAGCAGUUUUGUGUGACAUGAAUUAAAAGCCUGUCUCAUACAGAUGCUUGUCAGAGAUAUAAGCUGGUUUAUUUCAGUGAUUUGAGCAAAUAAUGGCCUGGACUAUUAAUUGUAAGUUUUACAGUAUUAAAGAACAAAAAUUCUUACACCCCUUAAAAUCAAGAAGGCCUCAUGACCCCCAGUGAAGCUUUGGUGACCCCUAGUGGGGGUCAGGAGGACCUCCAGGUUGGGAGCCAGUAUCGGUCAAAGCCUGCUUGACACAGGAAGAUAUGAAAUUGUGUUACCAAAUCCCUUUUUUAUUUAAACAUUCACAUCUUAAAAUGUUGGUCUAAAAGACUUAUGAAUCAAUAGCCAAUAUGUAUGUAAGUUUAAAAAAAAAUAUACAACAUAAUAUUAUACAAUCAAAACACCUCAACUCAGCUCACAGAUCAAACAUCUAUAAAGGGAAGAGACUCAGGAAUUACACACUAUAACUAACAGAAAGAAAAACAAAUGACAAGACAUGUUGGUCCCCUAUUACUAGAGAUGGGAAAAGAGAACCGGUUCCUGUUAAGAACCGGUUCCAACUGGUUCAAUUCAUCGACAUCAUUAGCCUUUAUGCUUAAAGAUUCCCUUAUCGAUUCUUUUCAUUACGCUGAAUCUAUGCUGGUCAGUCAGCAGCACGUUCAACAACAAAGAAGAUGUAAUGGUGGAGAGACAGAAGCGGGGCUUCACUUCACGCUGUUGUUAGCCUCCCUGGAGCUGCUAGCCCACUGUAGAGCCUGGCGCAUCCCUGCUCCAGGUACACGGCGGCAGGACGCUGUUGUUGUUAGCCUCCCUGGGGCUACUUUUUUUUUUUUUUUCAAAUCUUUCCCAUCGUCUUUCUAAACUAGACCAUGGCUUUAAGGUUCAUCAUAAAACGUUAUGAAAGCAGAUGUCUUGGGUUACAAACAACAGGAGGUGAUAUCAUUAAUUCACAGGAGGAAACGAUAAGGGAAUCGAUAAUGUCAUUGAUAUCAAUAAAAUCCUAUCAAUUCCCAUCCCUACCUAUUACAUAAACCCUCUUAUAAGAAUAGUUGAAAUAUCCAAUCCAAUACAGGUCAUAAAAACCUCCCAUGUUCUGUGGGACACAUCAUCUUUCGAGUGCAGGAAACAUGUCAGAUAAUCCAAGGAAAUGUAAUCAAGUAUAUAACCUUGUCAUUUGUCAUAUAACAUUGUAAUUUGUGUCAUUAAGCCCUCCAACAUGUGAUCAAUACUUUGUGCACCCUUCUGAAUCAUGAAAUGCAAACUGCAUAUUAGAUUUUGUCAGGUCAGUGGAAAUCUGUCUCCUGGUAAGCAACAGACUGUGUUCUCGAGUAUAGCCAGUAGAUGGCAGCACACACUGUAAUAAACUGUACUUUAAACAUGUUGUAACCAGACUUGGCUUCACAUCCUCCCUCAUGUCACUCCUGAUGGGCAGCAGCACAAAACACCACAUCUGACCAUCUCAGAUUAGUUUGUUGCUCAAAACCAUAAAGAGAAAUUACAGUUAUAGUAAUCUGAAAAGUGACAAUCAUUAAUCCCUGUUGAAUGUCUACUCCCAGACCCUGAGGACAAAUACUUGUUCAUCAACUGCCCAACUUGACAUGUUUUCUUUGUAUCAGCAGACUCAAUUUCCUGAGUAUGACAGGUCAUAUCUGCACAAGCUAGAGGGCAAAAAUGCUGCUUGGGGGUUUUAAAUUCCACUCAUAGCAACAUCCUUUUGUU